AUGACUCUUCACAAAAUGCGUGUUUUUGUAAUUAUAUCGUUACUAUUUGCUUUGUGUAGGAGUGAGAUUAAUGUUAACAAGACUAGUUUACAUCAUGGCCUCACGGAAAGAAUUGGCAAUUUUUCCAUCGAACUUUUAUAUCAUACAACAACAACACAAAAACAAGUUCAAAAUUUAGUGAUGUCUCCAUUUACGGUUUGGACAGUUUUAGCUGUAAUAGCAGAAGGUGCAUCAGGAGACACACUGAAACAAAUAAGUCACGCAAUACGAAUAGCACCACGAAUGAGAGCAAAGACGAGAGAAGAUUUUCGAAGAAUCGCUCAAUGGCUACAAGUAAACACUUCUACAGUAGAUCUGGAGAAGUUCAAUGCUAUUUUUGUUGAUGAACAAAAGCUACCACUUCCAGAUUUUAUUGAUAUUGCAAAACAAUAUGAAACUAAAAUGAUCAAACUAAACUUCAGUGGUAGUCAUACCUCUGAACUAAUAAAUACCGCAAUUAGUAAUGUUACUCAUGGAAAAAUACCGAAUCUAACUGAUAGUGGUGAUUUUGGUGAAACACAAAUGGUUCUAACAAGUGCUUUAUAUUUUAAGGGUCAAUGGAAAGUGCCUUUUAAUACUACCUCAACAUCAAAACAAUCAUUCUUUGAUAGUAACGGUAAACGAAUUGGUGAAGUUAACAUGAUGUAUAAUCGUUACAAUUACCCCUUUGCUAAUAUAAGGGAACUGAAUGCUAGAGUUAUAGAGCUGCCAUAUGGUAAAGAAAACAGGCUUUCUAUGCUUAUUAUGUUGCCCCAUCAAGGUGUUUCCCUUCAAGAUAUGUUCUUAAACUUUAAUAAUGUGCCUUUAGAUGCAAUUUUUGAAAACUUGAAGUUAUCUGUUGAUGAAUUUGGUGAUGAGGAAGUAGACUGUUUCAUUCCGAGGUUCAAGAUAGAGUCUAACAUAGAUAUGACUGAUAUUUUAAAGAAUCAAUUUGGUAUUAAGGAUUUGUUUGAUGAAUUAAAAGUAAGAUUACCUACCAUGUCACGUAUACCAAUGUAUGUGACUAAAGUUUCACACAAAGCGUUAAUUGAAGUAACUGAAGAAGGAACAGUGGCAGCUGCUGUAACAGGGGCUGAUUUCUCAAACCGUAUUGGUGUUGUAAGGUUCGAAGCUAAUAGACCAUUUUGUUAUUUAAUCAUCGAAAAAAUCACAAAUUCUAUAGUAUUCGGAGGGUUUUAUCAACACCCAUCUCUAUUUUAG